AGUUUUACGGGAAUACCCUUCUCCAUUUCACUACAGUCCACUUCAUCAAGCUAGGGUUUUCUCCCUCCCCCCUCUCAGUCACUAUACUCCCUCCUUCACUUUCGCGGAGAAUUUCCAAUUUGCAAUCCGACAAAAAAAUCAGAGGAAAAAUGAGCACCGUCGUACCUACUUCAGAGGAAGAUCCUGCUCUUUCCGUUGUUCGGUUCACCGCUCAGUUGUCAUGGGCUGACGCUGGCCCAGAGGUUGCGGAGCCUCAGGUGAAUAGAUUGUGCGUCGAGACACAGGAAUGCAUGAUUGAAGGAAGGUGGUUGGAUUUGGCUUCGUUGAUGCUCACUUCUGCAGAUUUGGUUUUUUCGAAAGCUUCCGAGAAAGAUCUCGAGUGCAUUUUCACUAUAAUCUGCAACCUUGUCAAGAAGCCUGAGAGUUUGGACCAAGUUCAUGAGAUGGCAGAGCUCAUAUCAACUAAACUCUCUCAACAACCAAAUGAUAAGCCUGCAUUGCGCAUAAAACUCUUGUUCAAUCUCUACAACCUGUUGGAGAAUCCUUAUAGCCGUUUCUUUGUAUACAUGAAGGCCCUUAAUUUGUCCAUUAGUGGAAAGGUCACUGAGCAUGUCUUGCCAUCUUUCAAAAAGAUAGAUAGCUUCUUGAAAGAAUGGAACCUUGGAGUCAAGGAUCAGAGGGAGCUCUUCCUUAAGAUCUCAAACAUUCUGAAAGAAGUCAAAGGCUCUGCAAAAGAGUCCUUCAAGUUUCUGACAAAGUAUUUGGAAACUUUCUCGGUUGAAGAUGCUUAUGCCAUGAAUGAUGCAAAGGAAGAAGCUCUUCGUGCAAUUAUUGAAUUUGUCAAGGCACCUAACAUGUUUCAGUGUGGCUUGCUAGAUAUGCCUGCUAUAGUCCAAUUGGAGAAAGAUGCUAAAUAUGCUCUAGCGUAUCAGCUUCUGAAGAUCUUUCUCGCUGGGAGGCUCAAUGAUUACUUGGAUUUCCAGGAGGCAAAUUCUGAAUUAUUAAAAACCUAUGGACUUCUCCAUGAAGAUUGUAUAGCAAAGAUGAGAUUAUUGACAUUGGUAGCUCUUGGAAUGACCGAAUCCAGUCAAAUUCCUUAUUCCAUUAUCAGAGACACAUUGCAGAUUGAUGAUACUGAGGUAGAAUAUUGGGUUGUUAAGGCAAUUUCAGCUAAAUUGCUCGACUGCAAGAUAGAUCAAAUGAACCAAGCAAUAAUUGUGAGCCGAUGUAUAGAGCGUGUAUUUGGGACAGACCAGUGGCAAUUGCUUCGAACACAGCUUGCAACCUGGAGGGGAAAUAUUUCAGGGGUUAUUAGUACAAUUCAUGCUAACAGGAUAACUGAAGAUACCACACAAACAAUGCAAGGAUUAGCGAUCCGCUGAAGGUUGCUUAUUUGUGGCAACUAUUUUCUUUAAAUAUUUGGAGACUAGAUUAAUUGGUUCCCAUGUAGAGCCAGCUCUUUGAAGUAGAAAUUUUGACAUCGGUUUCCUUCUGGGCAAAAUUUUCCAAGAGUUUGUUAAGCUGUAUUUGCUUUCUUUUCCUGUCGAUUUUACAGAGAUGUAAUUCUAUGAGAUCAUGAUCAAUUAUACUUCGCCUGUUGAUUCCGUAUUUC